AUGCCCAAAGCUGUGAAAAAAAGUGCAAAAUCUACAGAUGAUGAAAAAGAAACUAAAGAUGCAAAGAAAAAAGAUGCAAAACAGAAAAAAGUCCUGGACGAUACAUCGGAAUUAAGUGAAAAUGCUUUAAAACAACCUCAACAACAACAAAUAGGCGGCAAUGAUGAAAAAGACGCAACUAGUCAAAAGGUUCUAUCAUCAACUGAACUGACACAAUUAGAUGUAGAUGGAAUAGAUAAAAAUUUGGGUGGAAAUGGAAGUGUGCCAGAUUACGAUAUCAAAUAUGAAGAACCAGUUCUUCCGAAUUUAAUUGUUUUGAACUACGAAGGUACACGUGAAAAAGGCUUGUUUGAAGGAUAUGGACGAGCGAGCUAUGUUGGAGGACACACUUAUGAAGGCAAUUGGGUUGAGGGAAUGAUGAAUGGACAAGGUCGGUAUGAAUGGAGCGACGGUGUUGUUUAUAUGGGUCAAAUAGUAAACAAUCAGAUAGAAGGUGUUGGAACUUAUCAUUGGCCAGACGGAAGUACAUACAGUGGUGAUGUCUAUCGUGGGAAACGUCAUGGACAUGGCUUAUUUACUCAUGGUCGUCUUCCAGUUGUCUACGAUGGCGAAUGGCACAUGGGAAACAUGCAUGGAAAAGGGACUCUACAAUUCGAUCGAGAAGGAACGUCCUAUUAUAUUGGAGAUUUUAUUCAAAAUGUGCCAUUUGGAAAAGGCAGAAGACAGUAUUCAACUGGUAAUCUUUACGAAGGUAUGUGGGUUGCAGGAAAACGACAUGGACACGGAAUAUUUUCAUGGGCUAAUGGGAAUGGAGAAUACAUUGGACAAUGGGAAAACGGUGUUCAAAGUGGUCAUGGUAUUCAUGUAUGGUACAUUGUUCGAGCUGAAGAAUCUCAGUAUGCUCUAAGAAAUUAUUAUGAUGGAAAUUUUGUUAACGGUAGACGCGAUGGUUAUGGUGUAUUUUAUUACUCAAGCGGUACUCGAUACAUGGGUGAAUGGAAAAAUGAUCAGAAACAUGGAAAAGGAAAAUUGGUUUUAAGAAAUGGUACCGAAGUAGAAGCCGAAUUUUCUUAUGAUCGUAUGCUAACAAAAUUAACGAGUGAUUUUUCGACAAUGUUAGACAUAGCCCUACCAGAAAUUAUAUCAAAAACACCUAUUCCAUCAGCUUCAAAUACGCUUGAUCCUACGAAUGUUCCAAGAAAUGAAAGUAGAAAUACAAUGGGUCCAAGUUUUAAAUUGAUGUUAGACGAUGCAUUCGGUAGAUUGUCAACGAUGGAUGGUGAUAAGAAAAAAAUUGCUGAUCAAAUUUUUAAAGUUCUUAUACGACAUAUUGAUCGAUUAAAACAAAUAUAUCGUUUUUACAGUCGAUUGGGAAGUGAUCCUCAAACGAAUAUUGAUAAUACAUUUUUAAUGACACGUUUACAAUUGUGGCGAUUUAUUCUGGAUUGCCAAUUACAUUCCUAUGGUGUCACAACAGUUGAAUACGAUUGUCUUAUUGGUGAAUGUUUGCCAGUUGAAGAUAUUCAUAAUCCAAAUCAAUCAAUAUUAGUUCGAGAAUUUUUAAAUUCUAUUGCUAUCAUUAGUUUUCAUCUACAUCGAAUGAAUAAAAUACAAAAUGAUCCGUCAGUUCUUGAACAACCCAUUAGUUUACAAAUAGCAGCUUCAAUGGAAAAUAUUAUCAAAAAUAAUAUAUUAACAUUCGCUGGCGCUGUUCAAGGACAAUUAUUUACCAAUUCAAAAAAAUUUAUUCAAGCCGCUCGAUACAAAGAUCAAUGUUUAAAAAUUUACAAUGGAUUUUGUACAAAAAAUCCAAAAGAACCUUAUGAUUAUCGAAUGACGAAACGUGACUUUUUAUUCAUGUUAAAACGUCUACAAUUAAUUGAUUCAGUGCAAUUAACAGCAGCUCAAGUUAUUAACAUUUUAGCUGAAGAUGAUGUCAACGUUCGUCAGCCAACAGCGGAAAAAGGAGAAGUCCGUCUUAAUAUUGGAAAAAUACGUUUUACUUCAGUGAAAAAAAAUUCAUUUCCAGACAAAAAUUGA